UGUGACCUAACCAAGCUCUUGUACAAGCUCAGUGUUACCUGUUUGCUUUUAUGUUGUGUUCUGGUUCACAUUACACCAUGUGUGUCCUCACAGGGCUCAGUGGGAAUGGCUGGACGAUGGAGACCCCCGAUACAGUGACCGGCAGGUUAGGGUCACCGGUCACCGUGUACUGCAAGUUCACUCCCCCUCACCCCAGAUACACAGGGAACAUCACCAUCAUAUGGAUGGGAGACUGGACUGGUCCUGUGUAUAUUAAAUAUACAAAUUAUAGGCCGGAUUCACAGGGAAAGUAUCAAAAUGUCAUUGAUGUAAACGAGGGAGAGAGACACCGAGUGAUUGGGGACCCGAGGAGGAACGACGCUGCAAUAGAGAUAAACCAACUGAGGGGAGAGGACAAUAAUACGCUGUUGUCCUGUCGUGUGGAGCUCCAGGGUGAGGACGGAAAGUUUGAAACUGGCCCCAAAACACGUCUGAUUGUUACAGGUCAUGAAGAGAAGCUCCGGUCCUGGCCUCAGCCACCCUUCCUGGCCACCUGUUCCAAUCACUGA